AUGAAGAAUAAAUUCCAAGCAGGCAAAAUACCUAUUUUUGAUGGAGGAUUGAAAGCAAAUAUUAUGCCUAAUCAUGAAUUGGUGGUCUUGAGAACAGCACGCAGGUACAGAAUCGUUCUAGAGAGGUUGUUUUUUAUUACAGAGUCUAAAAUAAGAUGGAUUUUGGUGCCUUUGCUACUGCUACACCACACCACGAUGAUAUUGGGUGGGAUUCUUCUUGUAGUUGAUGCCACCGCUGCUUAUUCCUUGUUGAUACCUGCUACCCUUGCGCAAAAACAGCACUGUAUUGUAGUUCCUGGGUGUUACAUGACAUUAGCAGUUUUUUGGCAAAAAAGUAGACUGUUGAUUGAAGUUGCCGAGGAGGUCAACGAAGCUUUGCUCAUAGACCAGCUACCAAUCGCAAAUGAUUUGCGUGCAGCCGUCAUCACAGACUUGGAGAAUCGUCAUCCACUAAUCGUCCUCUAUAUGACGUCGAUAUCGCAAGUCUUAAUUUCGUUCUACGUUCUGUCUCCUGUCGUCAAAUUUCUGACCAGUACUUCACCACUGCGACAACUUGAGCUCCCGCUAAAUAUGCAGGAUCCACUAUCUCUUGUCGGGCUCACCACCACUGACGUCACACGGGUAAUGAUCUACUUCAUUUUUAGCACCUGUCUCAUGGCUACCUUCUUCAUCAUAUACCUAGGAAAAUCCCUCAACCUUAUCAUUUUGGAUUCCUUGAAGACAGCAUUCUCCAUUUGUGGACAAAGCUUUGAAACCCUCGGCCGUGACGGUCCGUCGAAUAUGGAGCAAUUUCUAAGCGCUGUCAAACUGCAUCAACUUGUUUCUGACUCCGCUGACUGCUGUGCCAACCUGGUCGGCGGUGAUUGA